AUGGUGGCGCACAGUACGCACAAGCGAAAACGCAGCGCCAUACGGGCGGACCAUGCGCGCAGUCAUCGACUAGGUCGCCUGCAUGCGUCUUUGUAUACCUGGUCUGAAGAAUCGCGCGAAGAGCUGAAAGAGGCUAUUCCGAGGCACCCCUUCAAUUUUGCCCUGCAGGUCAUUGCGCCCCACACCACAGAGGACCAUGACGUGGUACGUGCUCUGCGCGAUGCGGUGAAGGAUGCUGGGCCCGGACCAUGCAUAGCCCAGGUGUCCUUGUCUCUUUUUCUGGAGCCGAGAUUCGUCGCACAGUAUGUUCGCACCGGCUCUCUCUAUGCCCUCAGCACGACAUGCCUAGACACGCAAGACACGGUUUGCCUCGACGGCCGCGGCAUGCUUGUGCUUUCUUUACUCAAAGAUACCUACCAACAGCUUGGACUCGUCGGACGUCCUUGUCGCUUUGCGCACGGCGCGUCAGGUCGCAUGGGCGACCGACAAAGUGGACCUGUAUCGCGGUACAUGGUGGAGCUCCCGUUGUGUGAUCCCUCUUUUGUGCCAGGAAAACGUGGUUAUGAGCGCGCAUUACGGUGCCUGCGUGCAUGGGACCUACGCCGAUCAGCUGCGGGCACAGCGUCGCACACGCACGGCACACCUGCAACGUGGUCCAUGCUGCUCGUGUGGACGCCGCCCGCGUCGCCCAACGCACAGCGUCCGCGCGUCUGGGCACCCGUGGAGUAUGACGCUCUUCGUUCGGUGCGUCAUCUAUCACCCGACGUGUGUCUCGACAUUCACUCUGACGUAUGGGUUCCUGCAUCCGUCGAUAUCUGCCAAGAUACCAUGCAGGAUAUGUGGUCGUCGCUCCAUGCCCAUCUUGAAUGGCUCGGACUGGCCAUGUGGCCAUCUCCGCGCCUUCGAACGUACGACCGCUGCGAUCACCGCAUUGCUAUGUACGAACCACCUGCUCCAAGCUCGCCCAGCUCAUUUGUACAAAUGACAGUUCGUGGCUUUCUCACACCCAUGCUGCUCGUCCGAGUGCUCGAGUGCCUGUGGGCAUCGUCCCUGCCCUGGGCGUCUUUGACCGUGAGCGGGUUCGCCGAUGCUCCCAUUGCAUGGGCCUCCAAGUACCCUGGUGUGGGUCUGGCGCUAGGUAGUGCCACGGCGCUGCCAGAAGGCAUGCACGACGGAUUAAACGCUGCUCAGCGCGCACGGAAAGUCCGACGCAAAUCCCACACGCGCCGCGGCGAAUCGGAGCAUGGAUUCUUCCAAACAGGAGAAAAUGGGUGGACUAUACUUCUGUCUCCGCCCUCACGCAAGCGAGAAGGCGCCGUGGCGCUGAUCGAAUCUGUAGAGCUAGAUACCCAUAUGUGA